AUUGCCAGGGAGGAAGUUUCGAGAACGUGAGCGAAACGGGAAUAUCGGUAGGAAGAUACAACGAAUAGUACAGUUCGUGAACUUCUAUUGCAAGGAGUGAGUAAUAUACGUUCCUGUUCUGUCACACUUCUCAAGCACACGGAAUCUGCACUGAGGCAAGUCUAUAUAUAAUUGAGUUUUGAAUACAAGAAACACUAAACAACAACUGAAGAAAAAAUGGUGAAGGAGACUACGUUUUAUGACGUCCUAGGCGUAAAGCCUGGAUGUACAACGGAAGACUUAAAGAAGGCCUAUAAGAAACUUGCUUUAAAAUACCAUCCUGACAAGAAUCCCAAUGAGGGAGAAAAGUUCAAGCAAAUUUCUCAAGCCUAUGAAGUGUUAUCCAACCCAGAAAAGAAGCGUAUUUAUGACCAAGGUGGAGAACAAGCUCUGAAGGAAGGUGGCAUGGGUGGUGGUUUCUCAUCACCUAUGGACAUCUUUGACAUGUUCUUCAGGGGCGGUUUUGGAGCCCACCGUAGUCGAGUAAGCAGGGGACAAGAUGUUGUUCACCAGCUGUCAGUAUCUUUAGAAGAACUGUACAAAGGCACUGUUCGUAAACUAGCCUUGCAAAAGAAUGUAAUCUGUGAUAAGUGUGAAGGAAUCGGUGGUAAAAAAGGUUCAGUGGAGCAAUGUCGUACUUGCCAAGGCAAUGGCGUACGAUUGCAUAUCCAACAAUUAGGUCCUGGUAUGUUGCAACAAGUGCAAUCCAUGUGCACGGAUUGCAAAGGUCAGGGCGAGAUCAUUAACCAACGCGAUCGUUGCAAACAGUGCAAUGGUAAGAAGACCAUACGAGAUAGAAAAAUUCUUGAAGUUCACGUAGACAAGGGUAUGGCUGAUGGGCAAAAGAUCGUAUUCAGUGGCGAGGGUGAUCAGGAGCCCGAUUUGGCACCAGGUGAUAUUGUUAUUCUUCUUGACGAGAAGCCUCAUGAAGUUUUCAAACGGUCAGGAAAUGAUUUGAUAAUGCGUAUGCAGUUGGACCUUGUCGAAUCGCUGUGCGGCUUCCAGAAGGUGAUUCGCACUCUCGAUGGUCGGGAUCUCCUGAUAACGGCUCUACCAGGCACCGUAACGAAACAUGGAGAAUUAAAAUGCAUAAUGAAUGAGGGCAUGCCUGUCUAUAGGGAUCCGUUUACUCAUGGUCGUCUUAUCAUUCACUUUUCGGUCAAUUUUCCGAAAAUCAUCGACCCAGCAGUUAUUCCAACGCUGGAGCAGUGCUUACCGCCGAGGGAGGAAGUGAUGAUUCCCGAUAGCGCGGAAGAAGUUGUACUCACAGACUUAGACCCUGAGCAAGAAUCAAGGCGGAGAGAAACGCCACCGGCAUACGAAGAAGAUGAAGGGGGUCCAUCUCGUGUCCAAUGUGCCUCGCACUAAUCUAAUCGAGUUAAUUUAAACGUAAAGGUCCAUUUCUACCCUACAUCUUCUUUCCCUUACCGACGAACGGACAAACGAACGUAUGAUACGACUAUAUACGAUCACCGAAUACCUUGUUCGCAUCUAGUUGUGCACUUAGGCUUAUUACAACAGGUCGGUGUCCUGAUAUGCGCAGAUUGACGAACAUUAAGAGAUAUCAUUAUGUAUGUUCACCAACCACAUGAGCUUUUCAGAUCUUAUUCAAUUUCAAUGUUUUCAAUUAGCGCUUUUUGGCGCUGCAUCGUGGUAUUGUACGAGUGUCCUGUACUUAUGUUGCGCGUAUUGUUGUCGAAUUGUAAUAGCGAGAAUUUGUAAAACUUAAUGCAUGUGAAGAAAUGGGAAGAGAGAAGACUUUCCCGCACCCUAUAUCGGCAGCAUGAAUCGAUAACGUUUUUGGUCUUUUUCUUUUUAUCAUUGAUUUGUUUCUAUGCUUGAAAUUGGAUCAAUAAAUCGGCUUUUUUUUCUUAUCUCUGUAUGGAGGCAACUUUCUCACAGGGCUUUUAUACAAUUUCAGCCAAGUUUAACUAUUACAUAACGAAAUUUGACUCGCGGUCAAAUGUCCGUUCUUAUGGUACGAUACACUGCGUUUUUCUGAUUGACUGGUAUUUUUGAAAAAUGGUCCUUCUUGAUUUAAUUGUUUACGCAUUCGAUAUUCAUAUGCUUAGUGGCAUGUUCAAUGAGAGAAUGCUUUUCAUCCUAGAAAAUAAUAUAAGUAACAUUCACGAGGGGUAUAGCCUGAUAAGUUAACCGCUAGUUGACUUGAACAAAGUUUUCGAAAAGUAUGAUUCAUAGAUAUUUGUUGUAUACGGCAGAACAUAACGUAUUCAUACAGAAAGACAUUUUUGAAUAUUCUACCGAGAGCGUGUUAGUCACAGUUGGUAUUCAUUUAAAACUACUUUUUAAAAUAUUGUUUACGAACAAACAUUGUCUCUAUAAUCUAUGAAAUUUAAAGAAAUAUUGAUUGUAUACCCAUUCGAAAAUUCUAUUCGCGAUAAAUUUUACGAAAGUAGUUCCUGCAAGAAUGUCAUUAUAAUGAACAUAUGAACCAAACAAUUUUAAUUGGGUUUCAUAUGUAAUAAUAAUAAUGCUAAAUAUCUUUCUUGAUGAUAUAAAUUAUCUCAAAAAGCUGAUCAUUGUCCCUAACCAUUGAUGACUGACGUAUAAAAUAAAUUCAAAAUUAUUGCUCAUA